AGCGAAGCCAAAACAUCACUUGCUUUAUAUAGCCAAUUUCAAGUAAAUCCUAUAGAAGACUAAUUAAUCUUCAACGCAUUCAUACAUUGAUUCACACAAGCAGAUGAGUAGGGGAAAUUUUAAAAAGGAUUGGUUGGAUGAAUGAACGGAGUUUCCCAACCCCAACAUCAAACCCUUUCACUUACAAUAACUCCAUCGACAAUUCUCCUCCUCAGUCCCUGAGUUUUGCAUUUACUUUUUCGACUUCCUGUUCAGGCUGUUCAGACCGUUGAUGCAUUGAAGAAAUUGUAAGUUUGUGGCGUCGCUUCUUCAUUCUUGUUUGGUAAAUCUAAUUGAAGGAAGAGAAGGAAGGGGAAAGAGAGAGAGAAAGGCUGGAGAGGGACACGUUGGACUCAAGGUGAAGCAAUAAUGUGAAAGCAAUAAGCAGAGAAGAGAAAAAAAAAAAAAAAAAAAAGAGAAAAAGAAAGGAAGCAUGUGGGGUUUAGGGAGUUUUUUCCCCUUUAUACAGCCUGUAUAAGCAAAACACUGUCUUUCUCUCUUUCUCUUUAUUUCUUUUUUUUUUCCUUCUGUCUUUAGUCCCACCUCUACUUGCCCAUCUCAUUUUCAUCUCAUCCUUCCAGAUUUUUCUCUCAAUCGACUCCGUCUCUUUUUUUUUUUUAAUUUUUUUUUAUUUUUAAUACUGGGUUACUCUCAGCCUCUUCCUUCUAUUCUAUCUACAGGGUUUUUUUUUAUAAAUUUUUUUCUGAGCUUCUUCAAUUCGACGAGGGAAAGGAAUCUAAGGGUUGGCCGAGGGUCUGCAACGGUUGGAACCUUCAAAACUGAAGAAUUAAUUGCUUGAAUACAUACUUAGUUUCGUAUACAACGCUAAGCCUGAGUUGCAUUGUAAAUGAAUUUCAAGAUUUUGAAGCAUCGAUGGGGCUUCUUGGAAGUCUCGCGAUGCUGGUACCGUUGACGUGCUUAUUCUGGUUGCCGGUUCUCAUCAUGGCUCAAUCUACGCCUAUGAAUGGCUCUGCACGAGCACUCGAUGCUCUUCUGCAAGACUAUGCAUUUAGGGCCUUUGUAGUACGCCCAAAGACAGGAAUCCCCUACGAUGGGGUUGUUCCAUCUAAUUUGAGUGGGAUUAACAUUACAGCAAUGAGGCUGAGGAGUGGUAGCUUGCGGAGCAAAGGUGUGAAAAUGUACAAGGAGUUCGAGAUCCCCAUUGGUGUUGUGGAGCAGCCUUAUGUGGAAAGGCUCGUUUUGGUAUACCAAAACUUGGGCGAUUGGUCUAAGCUGUAUUAUCCACUUCCCAACUACUCUUACCUUGCUCCUGUUCUGGGUCUUCUUGCUUAUAAUGCUUCUAAUUUAUCAGCUACCAAUUUGCCAGAAUUGGAUUUUAGGGCAUUUGGUGAUCCUAUAAAAAUCAAGUUCUCAGAUGUGCAAUCCACUCCGGAUGGGUCAGUUCCGAUGUGUGUUUGGUUUGAUUUACAUGGUUCGGUCAACUUCAGCAAUGUGACCUCCGGGAAUGAGUGUUCAACCAUCCAGCAGGGGCAUUUUUCUAUAGUUACUGGGUCGAUUUCGCCAUCGGGUGGAGGUGAAGAAAAGAAGAGUCAUAGAAAAGUCGGGAUAAUUGUUGGUUCUGUUCUGGGCGGAUUGGCAUUGUUGGUGUUGUUGGCAGUCCUGGUACUGUGGGCACGCAAAUGCAAGCAGACAAAGGAAAUGCAAGAGAUGGAGAAAGCUGCAGAAGUGGGAGAAGCCCUACAUAUGACCUCCGUUGGGGAUACAAAAGCACCAUCAGCAACGGUCACUCGGACUCAACCAACUCUUGAGAGCGAAUAUGUGCCCUAAUUUGCCCACUUCAUGUUUGUACAAGCAUUAAUUUCUUAAUCCAAGUUCAAUUCCUGUAUUGAGAAAUUCUUCUACUCAAAGCCUCACACCUAUUUUUGUGGUUUGUUGAUGUUCUUGGUAGCCUAUUGAAUGUACUGUGGGUAAUACUAUCGGAUUUUUGUCUAAAUCUGUUAUUAUUGCUCACGAAUCCUUUCAUAGUUUUAUGAUUCAUUGUGGUGUGCAUGUAGCCAAAAGUGAUUCUAUUUUAUAUGUCAUGAAUUUAGUUGUCUCAUUCAUAAGGAAUAAAGCUUCUUCUUUUUUUCUUCU